CAUAGGGGGAGGGGUUAAGAUAAGACUUAUCGAAUUGAAAGUAUAAGGGUAAAGAAGUAAUGUUUGAUGUUGGCUUUUUCAUGAUCGUCAGAUGCAAGCAAUCGAAGCUACAAGUAGGUCGAACAUUCAACUGGUGAAUCGAUAUACUUUUUAAGCAAUAGUGAGUGUGUUGUGUUGGUGUAAGUGGUUUAAAGAACAUUUUGUUAUCGUUUAGUUGAAAUUUCAGAUCUGAAGAUCUCUUUGAUGUGCCUCAAAAACAAAUAAAUAAAUAAAGAGUAUUCCUGAAAGGAAAGGUAAGCAUAGGAAUGGGACAUAUUACAAGUAACAAUGUUAAGCAUACCUUUCAUAAAAAUAGGAUUAAACAUUCUCAUCGUUCUGGUAUUUCAUUGAAAUGCAUCAAAAUCUCUGUAGAGAAAUUAGCGAAAUGUCCAUGAUUUGGAAUUUGUCUGAGAGUAGAAUUAGUAACGUUAUCCCUUGAUUUAAACAGAACGAACAAUGAUGGUGGCAUGUUACAUUUUUUAAACAAGUUCAUACAUUUGUAAAACUAAUGGUUAUGGCUGAGCAAACCAUUAGCGGUCGUUCAAAUGAGCAUAGUAGCGAUCCACUUUGAAGAUCUGCGCGAGUCGAGGGAAUCAUUUUUGUGGCAAUAAAUCCAGACCACAUUGUGCCUAGAAUUGAAAUAAGCGUUGACGCAUUCGACGUGGCGGGGUUGAGUGAUAAUCAGAAUGGCAUAAACUAGCCAUUGCCAUGGGCAUGCGUUUCCAUAUAUAGCAACGCGAUACGUCCUUAUCAUCAUUCCGCGGUUAUCAAGUCUCACAAUAGGUUCUUGCAAGUCCAACGCUUCAUAAGUAACAGCUUGCACUGACUGUUUAGUCGCGUACAGUUUACGAACUGAGGAAGUACACUAUAAAAUAUGUGAUUUUUGAUCAAUUUUGGGAUUUGUUUAAAUUGUGAUGAAACAGCCAAUAGAAACCUCUACCGCGUUCAAUUGCAACUGAAGUGUUUGAAAACAAAUUUGUUCAAUUGAUAUAAUGCUUUUUCAUCCAUAGUUUGAUUGAAUGCAAAAAACUACAACUAUUCGUUUGUUGUCCAACGUAUAAUCGACGCAACGCAGAUGGCAGAUUCAGGAUCAUCCAGUGGCACUAGCGGCCAUAAUCCUGCAGUUAAAGAGAACUGCUGAUAAUGAUAGUGGUAUUUCGUCUUCAAUAAAAAGGAAGAAACCAGAUGACGAUCUUGCUGCAACACUCACGAAACCAAACCUUUCGGGGAUUAAAAGCUUCCUGCAUGGCAUAUCGUAUCAGAUCAAACUCUGCAUUUUUGUUUGCUUGGCAAAUGCUAAAAAGGCGUUGGAUCCGACAAACAACUUUAGCUUCAAGGUCGUAGCAGAGGAUCUCGAUGCCGGAAAAUUCGAUGACAUCGUAUACUAUUUCACGGAUGGUAACAAGAAAGGAUCACUAAAGAUCCAAGCGAAGCACAAAAUUGGAACGCCUAUCCCCAAGAUAAUUCUGAACGAUUUCAUGACCGAGCGAGAUGGCAACAAUCCUUUUGCUCUCCAGAAAUAUUUUGUAUCAUUUUAUGAUCAAAAACUGCAGACGGCUGAUAUGGAAGGAUUGAUCAUCUGCACCAACUCGGAUAUAGACGAAAACGCCAGAGAUAUAUGGCAGGCAGUAGAUGUCAAUGCCUCAACGAGCAGUUCAACUUCAUCAUUGGACUCUUACAUCUCAUCCUUAUUCGCCAAAGUUGGAGGUAAAUGCUAUCAACUAGACUACGAUAAACUGAAGGACGGUAAACUGAACAAACUGUACGAAUUGUUCAAACAAUGUACCAAACGUGGUAGGUUGGUCAAGCUGUUGGUCAAUGCCAUCAAAUCGAAGGAGAAAAUAACUCGAAGAAACGUCCUCUUCAAGGAGUAUCGUCUAGCCAUUCUGGAUAUUAUCGACAAACAGUCCAUUUCAACAAAUGGUUCGUACGGAUUUACAAAAGAGUUUUUAGAUUUAUCCUCGCCCAAUGCAACACCAGGCUAUGAAGCAUUUAGAAAGGAGUUCGAUGAACAGUGCCAACAGGAAUUAAUCAAUAGUAGUUCAUCUAAAGAUUCGUCAGGAUUGGAAAACUUAAAAUUGAAACGGGUGUUUGUAGCAAAAGAUUUUUUCUCUGAUUUCAAAAAUGAUGUAAUUCUUCCAGAGAUUUUCCCAGAUGAUAAGGAUGAUGAAAGUAAACUGAAGACAUUUUGUGAACGUUUUCGUUUUGUUUGUGCUACCAAGAGUGAGCAUGAGGUCGAUGAAUUAAUACUAGAAUUUUGGAGGGAUUUGGUCUCCCACGAUGAUCAACGAAAAGGAGCUGUUGAGGAGAAUGUGGCUAUAGAGAAGCUAUUCAAAACAAAUUUCAAUUGGUUGAUGAAUCCAUUUGCUAAACCUUUGCACUCAGACGAUAUACAAAAAGACCUCGAUAAUAUUAAAAACACACUAGCACAUAUCAAGUUGAAGGGCGCGUCAGAAAAACUCCGCAAGCAAGUAAUGGGAACAUCAUUUAGAAUCAAUCCCGAUGCUCUUAGAAAUUCUGAGUUGUAUGAGCAGGUUAAAAAUGAAACCAUUCUAGAAAUAGAGGCAUGCGAUAUGCAAUUUGCAGGAGCACUAUUAAUAGACAUUUUAAGUCUAGAUGGUAAAGAUCUUCAUAAUACUUUAUUGCUUGAAGAUGCCGCAUUCACCGAUGAUUCGAAGACUGUAGAAGAGGUUUUUCGUUCCGCAGAACACUCCAUUCAUUUAAUCAUUUUUUGUGAUCAAGCGUUCAAAACGGUCCAAAGCAUAAUACGACGGUGGAGAAAAGAUACCCUAAAAGACACUUCAAAACAUGUGUUUCUUAUCAGGAAAGUAAGCGACACGCCAAGCGAGCUAAACUGUUUUACUAUCAGCGAUGUAAGUGAAGAUUCAUGGAAACAGUUCCUCGAUGAAAAUAUUUCUAUUUGCACAACAAGCCUUUCCCCAGCCAAGCUUUUCCAGCACACCUCGCCACUCUCAAUUGAAGCAUUUAUAAAACUAUUGGACUGGGGGAAGCAAAUGGAAACAGAUAACAACAUUGAAAAAAAUUAUCGACUAAUUAAAAACAGUUACGUUCAACGUUAUUGGAUUGAACAAAAAAGGGAACUAAAAGCAGAGAAUCUAGAUCGCGAUGACUAUAUCGAAAUUUAUAGUAGAAUUCAUGACAUAUAUAAAAUCCAAAAGAAUGUCCUGAGUUUUGCGGAAAUAACCGAACAGAUGAAGAAAUAUUCAAAAUUCGAUAAGAUUUUCACGGAGACACCUAAUAGAUUGGGCGAUGAUGAACCAAUAAUUGAAAAUAAAGCUAACAAGCUAUUGGUAUUAUUGGGAGAGUCGGGGUUUGGAAAGUCAACGAAUCUCACAUGGUUGGCUUGGCAUAUGAGGAAACGAUAUCCUACAUCGUGGGUUGUUCGAUGCAACCUAUCGGAUCACUGUACCGAUUUCCAACCCUUCAGAAAGCGUUCAUUGAACCAGGAUGGAACGGUUAUAAAUAAAAAUGAAGCAUUGAUAAUGUUGCAUGAGCUCAUUCAUUUAUCGCUCGUGGACAUGUCUAAUGUCGAUUUACAAACUGUAAGGUUGAAUGCACGUAAAUGUUCUGAGUGUCUAGUUCUUUCUAAUGGACAAGUAAAAUUAGACGAAAAAUUGAUGGAACGUCAUGGUUUGUCUCUAAAAAACUCUAUAUUAUUGCGGGUCUUCGCUGAAAAGUUUAACGCAGGCGAAUUGAUCUUGUUCCUGGACGGGUUCGAUGAAAUCGCGCCUCACUAUAAGGAGGUGGUGUUGCAAUUUCUCUCUCUGUUUGCACAAUUUGAUGGAGUGAGAAAAUUAUACCUCACCAGCCGUCCCUACAGUUUCAAACAACAAUUCGGCGAGUCAUUCAAAAAGUUGGCGUUUUUCCAAUUAGAACCUCUUUUGCUACAUGAUAAAGCCACAAUGCUACAUAAGAUGAUGAAGUCGAAAAUGCAGGAAGAACACAUUGACAAUGAUGUAUCUGACUUUUGUAAAGCAUUGUGUGUCACGUUAAUUUUUAGUCUAGAUGAAAUGAGUGACAUACCAUUGAAUCUUAUGAUGUCAGUAGAUAUUUUAACGCGGCUGUCUGAUCGGUACAUCAACAUUGCUGCCAAAACGGCCAGUAUAAAUUUAUUCAAUGUAACAAGUGGCAUGUCCAAACCAUGGUUUAUUGUGCAAAACUUUGUGGAUAUCAAAAUCAAUCUGAUAUGUUGUAAACUAGGAGCGAAUUUGAAUGCUUCUGACAAUCCAAUUUUGAUAGAUAAAUUUAGCAAAUUGAUUGAAACAGUAACGCGACAACAUGAAUUAUUAUCACUAUUCGUAUUAUUUGACAAAAACGAGCUAAAACAGAUCUUAUCGAAUAUUGAGAUAGAUGAGGCAACAACUUACAUGGAAGAAAUACGUGAAGCCAGAGAGAAAACGGGCAUUAUUCACGGAAUCCUGGAUGAUAUUCCACUGUUCAUUCAUCGAACAUUCGCUGAAUACUUUGCUGGUUUGUGGAUUAUCAAGCGACAAACAAAUAGUGAACAAAAUGACAAGAUUAACAUAUCCGGCCUAGAGUCAUUCUGGAAGCAUAAUGAUCUACGAAUGAAUAUUGAUAGAGUUCUGGCUCAAAACUAUCCUCUCCAUGUUGCUAUCAUUGAUGGGUCAACAAAACUACACUCAUUAUUUUCAGCUAACCCAGAGGCUUUAAAUAUGAGAGAUGAUGGAAAUAGAACUCCGUUGUACUUAAUGGCAAGUUACAAGAGCUAUCAGCGAAAUAUGAAACUUUUGCCCCAAUCUAUAGAUUCUGACAUAGUAAACCAAAAAGAGAACAUAUUGGGUUGGACCGCCUUGGAUUGCACAUUCUAUUCACAUUUUCGCUCCUUAAAGGGGAAUUCAUAUGACUCUCAGUUUGCAUAUUAUCUUUUGAAAAAUGGGGCCUCAAUAAAUGCAGAUGUACUUUAUGCACAGGUAGUUUCAUCUUUACCAGUGAAAGUUAGACAGGCAGCUGCUUAUGCCAAAUUUGUUAUGCAAUAUUUGAGCCAACUAGGAUUCCAGUACGAAUCGUCCGAUACGGCCAAAACUAUGAAACAGUUUUGCGAUAAAGUGGCAGAGUAUGUGAUCAACGAAACAUCUACUAGUUUUGGGCAAAGCGAGCUUACUGUUGGAGAAAAGUCAAUUUUGAAGGACAUUAUUACAGAAGAUUCAGUUUGGAUGCUGGAGAGUAUAACUAAGCGUUUGGGUAAUCCUGAGCAUGUCAAUUUAGUGAUUAGAAAAACAUUGCAAAAAGCACUUAAAGAGAAAAGAGUUUGUGUGUUAAAACACAUUUUAGCAAACAAUCCAUCUUUGUUAACGGAGCAAAUUUUUCAGGAAUGCAUAGCAAUGAGUGUGGUUGGAGAUUACAAAAAUGAAUUUAAAUCCUUUGUCGAUGUUUAUUGUCGUUCGAUAGACAUGAAAAAUUUUCAAGCUAGUCCGAAUUAUAAGAUAGACCAAUCAAACUCUCUGUUUUGUCUUUUAGGGGUUAAUGAAGAGGAAAUUUUAAAAAUAUUUCAAAUGAAUGAUGUAAUAACGGAUAAUAUAAAAAUGACAAACUAUAACCCGUCUCCUGCGAUAGAGAUUGACAAAAACAUACUAUCGGUAUUGAUAACAUGUGUCGUUUCAGCACAGCCUUUCAUGCUAGGGUAUCUGAAAGAAUCAUGUAAGCUUAAACUUUGUCCCAGUCUUGUUUACUAUCUGGCCCGUGUAACUGAUUGUUUCGUUAAGGAAUCGGAGGAAAAUUAUAAACGCGGGGUGAAGUUGGAUCUCCUACAAUCGGCCUACAAAUGUCUGUUGGCUCAAGCAUCGAAUAUUAGCGAUGUCGAGGUGAAAGGAAUGCUUUGCCUUGCCAUAACAUCAGGUCUCUUUAGUUUCUCAAAAUGUCUGAUUGAGCGUUACAAAAUUGGCUUGCAAACAGUUGAUGAAUUAAAUGAUUGGAAUGCGUUGCAAGUAUGUGUUUCACGCCCACGGAGUAAUGAUGUUGAUGUUGAAGAAUCAAUGUUCGGAUUAUUUCGUUUCUUGUUAAAUGGAAGAGAAAUGGAUUGUUUUGGAACUGUCGGUCACAGUAUUCUUUACUUUACAAUCGCGAAUGGCCACGAAAAUAUUUUAAAUUUUAUCAUUGCCCGAAAAUUAGGGCUCAAUCAACUAAAAGAUAUUGAAAGUCUAGGUGUUGAUGCCAUUCCAAAUUUAACAUUUUGUUAUCGUGCAAUUUACGAGGUAUCCAAUAGUGUCGGUGAGAAUGGAUGCUACCAUCAGGUACUUUGCAUGGUAGCCAAACAAAUCGCUAAUAUUUCAUCAACUAUUCAUACUGAAUUAAACCAAGAAUCCAAUAGUGGCCACUUGUUAUUACAAGAAAAUGCCCAAGUGUUGUACCCAGUUGCUAUGAAAUGUAAAUCUCUCUUCUUGAUGUACUAUUUGCAUCGUGAAUUCUCUUGUACGCUUCCAGCAUCAAUCGAUGGUGCAGAAUGGUUAGCAUGGAUUGAGAUGAGUUUGUAUUCGUCUGAGUUCCGUUUAUUCCAAUGGAUUGUCAGACAAUAUUGUGUUGCUCAUCACGUUAGUUUUCCUAUAGAAAAUGACGGUAAUGAGCAUAUUGCUUGUGAUGUUGUUAAAGAAUUUGAUGAUGAUAAGUAUGAUCCGAAGCAUAUCAAUAUAGAAGGAUUGGUUAAGCAGACCGAAGCGAAACUAUCGCAUUACAAAUCUAAGGAAGAAGUAUGCAUCUUGAAGCUUGUGGUUCUAACGGUGAGUCUUGGAAAUGAAUUAGGCACCAAAUACCUGUGUGAAACAUUAAGCGUAAUCAUGACUCAGAAGGUUCUAUUCGAUAUUAUUGAAAUUGCACAUAAAAUUGGUAGAUUAAAUUUUAGAUCUAAAUGUAGUCCUAGUUUAGAGGCGAUUUACAAAUAUCUGUUUGGAAAGCUUCUUGAAACAGAUGCAGAAAAUAGAAAUAUGUUACAUCUCGCUUCAGAUUCGGGGCUCAACUGUUUAGUAAAUUGGUUAUUGAAGCAAAAUUUUAUAAAGGCCACACUAACCAAUAAUAAGGAUAUGUGUAAUUUUCUCCAUUAUUAUUCUUCAUGUAAUCCUGAAAUGCAUUAUUGCGACAUAUCACAACUAAAUCUUUUUCGAGACAUAUUACACGGUGUGCUUGAGUACGAUCAUAUUACAAUCGAGGGCACGACCCAAGGUCGCGAUCAAAAACUCAAAGAAAUCUGCUUCAACAAUAAUGAAGGAAGAAAGAGUGUAAUCGACGUGGCUAUUGCGGUUGGUGCCAUAAAAAAGGUGGAAUAUAUCAUUAAAUUACGUCUUGGAAUUGGAAUUGGUAACAUAGACAAACAUAUAAUAUGGAAUGAAGAUGAAUGUUCAAGGUUCAGGGACUCCUUUGAUGUGGUAGACCAAAUAGCAGCUCACCUUCCAUUCAAUGUAGAAACUGAAGAGCUUCUAGAUAGUAUAGCCAGAUCAAUCGACAGCUUUAGAUACAAAAAAAUCAAACAUAUAACUCAAGAAGCAAAUGUAGAAGCUCAUAUCGUUAAGGAAGCUUGUCACGCAGCUGUCAAGUAUAGAUCGGUCUCAACAUUGGAACAUCUGAUCAUGGUGCGCAAAAGUCAAAUGGUUCAAUCAUUGGCAACCAGUACUAGCAGAGAAUUGUAUGCCUGCAUGAUGGAAUGCAUCCGACAAGACAGAACAAACUUGUUUAGAGUGCUCCUGGGUCACUAUCGCACCGUACAAGGUAUUCUACCUAGUACAAAGGUUGAGUAUGAAGAGGAGUUAAAUGAUGGUAAAGUGAACGCCACAACACAAAGGUAUAUGAUACGAUGGUCAGUCGCACAUCAAAUGUCUCAAGGUGUGACUACCAAACAGGAAUAUCUACCACUUCUUAUACUGUCAUCAGCGUAUGGGAGGCUUUCGAUGACAAAGUCUUUAGUUCUGAUGCUUCAGCUUGUAGUGAGUAAGCAGUUGAUUCUGUUACUCAUAAAAACCGCGAUAUACAUAAGGAAUGACGAGCAUAGAGUAUCAGUGUAUGAAUAUCUAUCAAGUGUUAGUGAGAGAAAUAUUAAUUUGUUGCAUCUUUGCGCUCAAAGUGGGGAUGAGAAAAUGGUCAAGUAUCUCAUAAAACAUAAACUACUAGACCCAUAUGAAGUAGACCUGCAGAAUCGAUGGAAUGCUGGUCACUAUAGUGUUUCGGAAAGGAAUUGUGACUUUGAGGGUUUGUGGAAUGCUAUUUACACAUUUCAAUGCCUUAUGGAGGAUAGUAAUAUGGAUUGCUUCGCGGCGUUCGAUCUAUGUGGACGAAAUGUUCUUCACUUAGCGAUGGAAAAUGGCCACACAGAAGUAGUAGAGUACAUAAUUAAACACAGGUUGAACAUUUUUCCUCUUAGAAGACCAGGAAGUGCCAUUGAUACGGAAUUAUACGAUGAAUUAUACAAUGCCUGGAACUUAGCGAAAGUAAAUGAAUGCAUCGACGAAUUACAGCGAAUGAAACCAUUCCUUCCGGAUAAUAGAAAAUUGCUAUAUGUAAUACAGACAUUAACGAAUCGAAGGAAAUUCUUAAUGUCGUUUGCACAAGCUUUUCACACUUUCCCAUUGCACACCAACUAGGCCUGACGCUUUGAUAAUGUUGUCCUCAUCGCAAUCAUCAGUGACUGAGAUAACUAGAUAAGUAUGGUUAUAUUUUAUACUGCUGUAUCCAGCAUAAUAUGAAUAAAAUACAUUUUUUUAAAUAAAGGUUUUCACCAUUA